GUCUGUAAUGAAAAUUUAGCAUUUUAUGUGGUCAAACUGAGGUUCAAGAAAGCUACUGUUUUCAGCACAUUUCUGUUCCACCACCCCUAAUAAAAAAGAUCAGCAGACACGACGACUAUGGCCGCGGCCUCCGCCCCGCCCGCCGCCAUGCGGGAAGGCUUUGCCACUUUCUACACGGGCAACAAGACCUGGAAGAAGAAGUUUCUCCGCUUGGAUGCCAAUACCCUCUCCAUCUACGCCGACUCCCCGGAGCAGAAGAAAUCUACCUCCUCUAUGACCUGCUCAAACGUUACAAUCUUCUCAAGUGUUAAAAUAGACUCUGCAAAUCUGUGAUGCAAGAAAUGCAUGUAUGAUCUAGCCAACUCUCAUAGGACUGCGCAUGACAAGUUCCGGAGUCCCAAACCGCGCUACAAGCUGGCGAAAUUUGUAUUGCAGAAAGUGGAACGGUCUGCGAGUCUGUCAUGCUCAUGAUGCAAGACAAAUCCCGGAUUCUAUUGUAACGGUUGAGAUUGGAGUAACACCUGAGCAGGUUAUAUCCUCCUGGUUCGGCGCCCUGAAGUCCUCGUCGAAGCAAACCCCGGUGACGCCGGAGCAGAUCUUUUCCCUCCAGGAUUUGUCCGUUAUCGUCUCCGGCGACUCGGUGAGGAGGAAAUACAAGCGGGAAUUCGUCAUCGAGCUGGCCUUUGCGAACGCGGCCAAGCCGGUCGUGUUUCAAGCGAAUACAAAGGCAGAGUUAUGGUGAGCAAAAACGUCGUCCCCGCCACAGAGUCAAGAUGGGAAAUCUGCUAGACAAAUCGCCAGGCUUUGGGUGUUGCGCAUGACAAAUCUGGGCUCGCAAUGUAGUGGCGUUCAGCUGGUGCAGCAGCAUCACAGACCUAGCACACCAUGCGGAUUGAAGCAUCACAAAUCUUAAAACACCAGCAGAAACUGCUUCUCAACAUGGGUCUCCGCAUGAGGAACAUCGUCAGCAUGCAGAUUUGCAUUACAACUCUGGGGUGGGGGCGUUUUUACAAAUGAUAUGAGUUUGUGGACUGGAAGGACGACCUGCAGCACGCGUACGAUGAGCGCUUGAACGCCAUGCACGACGACGGGACGUCGUCCAGUUCGUCUAGCUCGUCCGCAACCAGCAGCUCGACUUCCACCAUAACCGACAGCAGCGUGCCAAAGAUGGUGACAGGUGGAGGUGGACCUGCACCAGUGGAAAAACGCGUAAGUAGCCGAAGCAAACAGAGCGGACAGAGCGGGUUGCACCAGAGCAGAGUACUCUUGUUCUUGUCUUGAACAAUGGAAUGAUAGAUCUUGAAGAUCGAUGGUCAUCUGUACACAUCAGCAUAAGAGGCGGCCGCACGGCCCUCUGAGCCAAGACAAAGUUCUACGUUUUACGUUUUCUUUCAUGUAGACUACAUCAACGAGCAUGAUUUAUGGUAUCACUAUCAUAAAAUCAAGCUCAAACUCCUGUCACAAAAAUCCAGUCCGGUAACAAGCCUCAGCACCCACUGCAACUGACCCAGUCGGAGCAAGAGGAGGCGUCGAGCAGCUCCUCAGACAGCGACUCAGACUCCGACAGUGAUAAUUCUAGCACGUCGGAGACAGACUCCGCCUCUGUGACCGCAUCUGAAGCGGGCUUGAAGCCGAGGUCAAGCCGGGUAAAGGAGGACAAGAUACGCAGCACACGAUAUCCUGCGCAGAAAUGUAGUUUCCGCCCCAGAGUUGUCAAGCAUUUUUCAUGCACUUACAAGAGCAUUUGUACAACUGCGCAUCUCCAAGAGAGGCAUUUGUUUCCAAUCGUGUUUGUACAGUUGUUGUAAUGCUGCAAACAGUAUGCGGAAAUGGCUUCGUGAUGCGGCUGUCCUUGGCAGCCUGCAUUACAAUACAGCGACAGACUUUUUAUGCGUGACUGCCAAAGGAACUUCCGGAUUUGCAUUUGUCUGGCAAAGAUUGAUUCCAACUUGAGUGUGGGUUGGGGACGUUUUUGCUCAGGAUACGCGACCGAGUUCGAAAUCGGUAGUCAGCAUGACCUCGGAAAGGGAGCACCCGCUGGCGUCUGGCGGGGAAAGAAGGGACAGUGUAAAGGACAGGGUAUUGCUAUUUGUCUUAGAAGGAUGUUUCUAUUUUGUCAUCCUGUGUGUUGAUGCAGAGCGGGAUCGCAUUCGCAUUCGCAUGGCAGCACGCUGCAGUAUGCACUUUGGCAUUACAGCAAAGCAAACCAUGUGCAUGAAAUAAAGGUCCAACGCCUGGAGCAAAAGCUUGACAAGAAGAAGCAGGCCUCUCCGAGCGGUAGCACCACUGCCUGUGCCAGCGGCGCCGGCGGCGCGAGCUCCAGUUCUAGUCCUUUGGAGGGGCUUGGGGGGUUGGUGCUGGAUACAAAUCACCUGCACCUGGACAUGCCCGUGCUGAAGCCAAUGAAUUCGCAGGGGAAGGUAGAACGGGGUUGGAUUUAAUAUUGAGCGUGGAAUCGAAUUCUUGAUCAUUGAUUGCGGCUGCGGGCGGUUGGUUUUGUCAUGCUCCUUUUUGCGCAUGGUGAUGGUCGUGUGGUGAGUUGCUAUUGCAGACGGUGAGCUGUGGUCAACAUCUCUCCUGGUUACUAAACACAAAGUCCCGCCACCUUCACAAGUAUCUCGAAAACUUUCUCAGCUCUCCUCCCAAGGCUCAUUUCUAAAAUCCGGCACCGCUUUGGGAACACCGAAGAUGGCGGGAAGUAGUGCUCAACAGUCCCCACCUCCCUGGAUCCCAACCGGAAAGCCGUCCGACUCGAAGCCAACGCCGGCAACGACACCACGUAUUGAUAAAUGAAUGUUGUUGUUUUAGGCAUGACAAAAGCUACCGAUCGUUAGUACAUCGCAUUAGGAAUUGUGAGGAAUGAUGAAAUCCUAAUCCUAAAACUUCAUACGUUUAAAAUUAAUACGUAAAAUGUUCAAUUUCACAGCCGGCAUUGAGAAGGAGGCCCGGCAGUCUUUCCAGCAGCAAUUCGGACAACUGAACGAGCAAAAUCUCGACAUCAAUCAAGCACAGCAGAACCCAGACCCGUUACGCGACUCCGUUUCCCGCUCGUUUCACCCGAGCCCAACGAGAAACUCGGACUUCUUGAGCAAAUCGAGAAGAAUUACGGACUAUCAAAUGCAAAAAUGUCUGGGUCUGGCAGAAUGCAAGAUUUGUGAUGCAGUUUUUCCAUGACCCAUGAGGCCUGGAAUGCAGCACCUAGCAUGACAAAUGCUGUGAGCUGUCUAUCCUGCCUAUCCUGCAUGAGAAACUCCCUGUCGAACUGGUCAAAAGUGGACAUCUUUUGGUAAUCAUGCAACACAAAUUUUUGCAUGCUUGUGCUUAAGAUUCAGCAUAACAAACAAGUUGCAUUCUUCCAAACGCAGACAUUUUCGCACUUGAUACGGAUUCCCUAGCCGAUUCCGCUUUGGAAGACGCAUUGGGGGUUUCAUUGCACAAUGUCUGCACGAAGAGAAGUUCCAUGAGCAUCAGCGACCGGCCGCCAAAGCAGGUCCGGGACGCGGUGUCAGCGGUGUUGCGGGAGGAGCAGGAAGUAUCGCGGGUUUUGGUUUGAGUGAAUGGAAAUUGCUAUGCGAAAAGUCUCUUGACGUAAAGACUAUGGUGCAAGAACACUACGUAUUAUUUACGAGCGAGGUUCAGGUACCCUCCUUCUACUUUCAUGCCUUUCGUUCGAUUAGCUUCUCGCCAUGACAAAUUUUGAACCUCCUCAGGAAGCGCGGGGGUCCGCACUGGGCACGCAUUUCGGCGGACCUUUGGCGGAGAUUCCCGAGCACUCGCUAAAAAACACGUACCAAUCGAUAUGCGAACAGGAGGAGAUCUCUUUCAAAUGGGACGAGCGACUCCGGUUCUACGGGAAAAACAACCCGCAGCAGAUUUCUCAACUGCUCGGGGAGUUCACGACCGAGGCGGUGGAGUUUUCUCGGAAGUUUAUCGAUCACCUGUGCUACAGCAUCCCCUGCGACGAUGUGGAGCGAGCCCGGCAGUCCGGCAUGGUCACCUGCGCGCUGAACCACGGGAUUUUUAUCCUGGGAAAAAAGUGUUACAGUUACACACUGUAUUGCGGGACCGGCAUGAGAGACAAGCCCUCUCAUGCGGGAUAUGCACAAGAGGACAGCUCCAUACGUGUUUUCCAUUGUAAUCUUUGCAUUGCAAGUUUUCUAUGCCGCACAGAGAAAAUUUGUGUUGCUGGAGUUACAACAAAGAAAUGUGUAACUCAAACACUUUUUUCUUGUGAUAAUUUUCUACCGCCUCAUCGUGGACGCGGAUGACCACCUAUCACACUAAAAAGUGUUAACGUUAACGGAAUUUGGCAUGCAGGCACGCACGAGAAAUGAUGCCUAAAUUUGUAUUGCAUAGCAUGCAUGAUAGCGAAAAUUUGUCAUGCAUGACUGCAAUGCCUUUGCCUGAAAAUAACCGUUAGCGUUAGCACUUUUUUGCUUGAUACCACACCAAGGACGAGACGGAGCUGGCCUUGAACGGCGUCGAGGUUCGGUCGAUCCGCUUUUUGGUGGCGAACAUUAUGGGCGGCGACGGGAAAAUAUGCUGUGCAAAAGUAUCGUACUCGUAGGGCGAUCAUGCAUUACAAAUCUCUUUCUUAACGUAAAUCCGCAACACAAAUUCCAUUUCUCAUGCUGAGGAAAUUUGUAACGCAUUUAUACGAGUGCGAUACUUUUGCAAUGCAUAGAAAAAGAAGAGCAACCCGGACAUGAUUGAUCCAAGUGUGAUUCUGAACAACAUGAAGCAUCACGGAGGAAAUAAUGCCGCUUCAUCUGCUUCGGCAAAUAACUGUCCCUUCAACGGGCAUUUGACCGUCACGGUCGACUACGCGGGCUUUCGGGUCUUCUGUCAAGCGGUGCAACCCUUGGAGGAGUGCAACAUCGCCUGUGGGUGGUACCCGGAUAAGGCGGUAUAUAUUAGCAUCUAGUUGCUUGUAUGUUGUUUCAUUUCGUUUUAGCAUCACAAAUCUCUCGCUCCUUGGCCGGUUUUUUACAUGACAAAUUUAUGCUUGUUCACUAUGCGACGAAAAUAAAAUAAAAACAGGGCAGGCUCCGAUACAUAGAACCCGACGCGCCGACGAAGGAAGCUUUGAAGCUUGUUCAGGACACUAUCAAAAGGAAAAAUCCCCCCUCCCCAUAUCAAAACGAAACUUCUGAUGCUGGAUUUGUGUACGCAAAUGUCUUGCUGGAGAGGACUGCAGGCUCGUAUCAAGUGCGAGUAGAGAGGUUUUGGCCUAGGCGCUUAGUAUGAAAAACGUCCGCGCUGUAGGCCCAACAGCAUGACAAACCGCCUGCAUAAUGGUGCGGAAGCUUCUGCCCUUGUCUUCUUGCAAGACAGAUGUGAUUUGUGGCCUCAAAUCAGCCACGCAAAUUUUCGGAGACAGACCUUUUCAAUAUGGGGAGGGGUGACUUUUCCCUGCGAUAGACACGUUAAACCUGAAGCGCACCAUGCUGAAACUGAAGGACAACCCCAACGCGCGACGCAUCCGGCUUAUCAAAUGUAAAAAUGUCUGGGUCUGGAAGAUUAGAACUUGUCAUGCUAAAAAAUCUCAAUGAUGCAAAAAUCUGUGUUGCGUGAGUUCCAAAAGUUCUCAGCUUUUGACCAAGUUGAGAGGGAGUUUCUCAUGCAGGAAAGGCAUGAUAGAGACCGCAAAGAAUCUCUCAUGCUGGAUCUCGCAUUCCAGACCUCAGUCAUGGGUCAUGGAAAAGCUGCAUCACAAAUCUUGCAUUCUUCCAGACCCAGACAUUUUUACAUUUGAUACGGCUGAGUCCCGCCCAACUUUUGCAUAAGGACACGCGGAACGACAAAUAUUACCUCGGCCGCCAGCGCACGAGUCUGCUCGCGCCGCUAGCGGAGUCCUUUUCCGACGUAAAUCCGCACACGCUGAACUUUCUCCGCCCGGAGAUGCAGGUGAAGCUCCCCUUCUCAUUAUCCCCCGUGCCCAGCUUCGAUUUCUGUGCCUUCUGCGUCGACGGGUGUCCGCAGACGGACACGUUAAGGAAGGAGAUUGUCGAGGCUUACGGGUUCCUAAAGGACGACCAGAUUCCGAAGUUCGUAGAGGAAUUGGAAUCGGGAAAGCGCUUCCCCGUGGACAGCAAGGAAUUGCGGCACCACUUCCAUUCGUUUGGAAUCAACAUGACCUUCCUCGGGUACGUGUACAGCAAAGUUUCCCUACCGUACAUCAAACACCUAAUUCUCUGCGACGCGAUCGCGCGGGUCAUUAAGCGGGGGAUCCGCGAGUGCUGCCACAACACCAUGGACAAAGACCACGCGACGGCCUAUAUGCAUGGCAAAUAUGUGUAGGUGGUCUUGUUCUGGAAAGUUGUGAUGCUACUGCUAGCUUGCGGAAGAUCAUAAUGCAAUCGCCAAUAUGGGGACGCCGCGCAUGAAAACUUUCUGAGCUACUGAGUCUUGCGUAAACUGCAUGAGAGGCUGCAUUUUUGAAUAUACGUGCAAAAAGAUACUAGCGCGGUUGCGGUAGCACAACAUGCAUGACUACAAAUCUCUCUCUUCUGUCAGCGGAGCACCAUUACAAGUGUUGCAACCUCCCAGAUGACCCAGACAUAUUUGCACGUGAUAGCCUACGCCUCGACCUGGUUCUCAACAGUGAUGCAAUACGAAUCGAAGGUCUGGACCAGUAUCAGGGAGUGGCUGCAGGUACAUACUGAUCUGCAACAUGAUGAAGUAGAUGAAAUAAAUUCGAGUGUAUUUUUCGUAGGUAGUCGUGGGUACUUGUUUGUCUUUGUGCAUGAAGUUAAUCACUCUCGUCGCAGAUGCGGUACCAAAUCAAGAAUUAUCAAAACGAUUUUCUCAUUAUUUAUCAGGCCCACUACACCUUCCAAGAGUCCGACGUUGUUGGCGUUGACUUUUCUACGUCGAUUCACGCUCCGAUUCUCCUGCAGUCCAUGGCCCACCACUGUGGCGUGCACAUCGACACGGAAAACCAACUCUACCCGACGUUUAUGCAGGGAAAAAUGUAAGAACUUCUCAUGCUGAAUCAGGUAUAGAAACGGGAUCUCUCAACAUCUGUAUGCCAGGCUGAAAAAAAGCAUCAUGUUGAGUAUGAGUACGUAAUAACUUGAUAAUCGCAUGGGCGAAACCAAAUUCUUUUGCAAACACUGGAUAACGUUGAGGAAGGAGUGGCGGAAAGUAGGGCUGUUCGUGGACUUUGUUCCGACCGUGAAGACGCUGUGCUAUCGGAAGUGUUCGCAUUCGAUGCUGAACAAGGAGCGGUGGACCACAAAAGACUUCGUGAAAUUCGUCGAGCACGAGCAGAAGCUCGCGAAGCCGUGGCUUUGCGGAAACGGGGCGGUCAGUGGCUUUUCCGCAUCGGCGGGGCAAGAGCAAGGCGGUGGGGGUGCGGGGCAGAAGUCGUUAACGGGUUUGAAGUAUGGAUUGUAAAAAUGUCUGGGUCUGGGAGAUUGCCAGGUUUGUCAUGCUUGUCUGGCAUGAGUCUUAAAUCUGUCAUGCACGUUACCCAAGAGCUCCAUUUUUCUGUGGUGCAGGAAGGUAGUUUGUCAUGCAGAAUAGGCAACACCUAGAAGCUCAGAAACUUGUCAUGCUGAGCCAGCAUUUGUGGCCUCAUCAUGAGACGCCACCCAGCAUCACAAGUUUCCAGACCCAGACAUUUUUACAUUUGAUAUGAAGCAGGACGCGAUUACCGGCAGCUCGAAUGCGACGUCGACAAUUGGUAUAUAUUUGAAUUCCUCGUGACUAAUAUUUUAUACGGUAUUUAGCAAAGGUAUUCUGGUGACCCGGGUUUUGACUUGAUGAACUAUUUCAAUUGCGCGGCUAGCAUAAUUGGUAAUGCGCUCGGUCGAACCUGUGCUCCCUGGGUCGGGCAGUCAAGACGUGGUGUUGGUGCGAUGAGUCUGCAGGACGAUGUCAGAAGUGUCCGCAAGCCAAGGCAACUGCUCGCCGGGUUGCUGCCGAGGCUCAGGGCGAAAUGCUGGAACGAUCAGUGGAUCUACUACAGCUAGUACCCGCAUGAGUAAAGACACAAAAACCAGGCCGAGCUGAUGCAGGAUAGUGCGGCACGCAGGACGAGCUCUCGCAUUCAUCGACCAGCCGCGGAGACGCCGCACCCAGGGCGAAGGAGCUCGCUGGUAGCGAGAGCAGGUCGCAACGAGAAGACUGACCCCGGGCAGUGACUGAGAGAUCCAGGCUCGAAUCCUGGAACGCGCUUUUUUUGAAGGAUCGCGGGUGGCCGCCGUCUAGUUGGGGCGCAAAGUGUGCGCUGCGCCUCCUGGUAGAAUAUGCCUGCGGUAAUCGAAGACAUCUGCUGAUAGAUGGUCUUCUUUGUAGUUAUCGAUGAACAAAAUACCGGCCACCUGCGCCGCAUGAUGGACGAGGUGCGCUGACGUGGCUUGGCUUUCUCCUUGUUUUGCCCGAAGCCCAGUGUUUAGCAUGGCUAUUCUGACCACCUGCCGGGAAUUCUGCUCAACGUAGUCAGAUCAGGUUCCCUUAGCUCAGUGGUAGAGCGCCUUCAUCACAUUUAGAAGCGCCGGCGCUCUGCGCGGCACCUCAUCGAAAACUCUCGAGGGUGGGCGCGGGUUCGAUCCCCGCAGGGAACGCUUUUUUUGACGCCUGUUGACAGAUGGGCCCGGUUGCAGCAUGACAAGGGAGAUAUUUAGAUGAAACAGUCGAGCAGGAUAAGUAACCAGAGCAAGGCAGAAGUGCAAGUGACAAAGUCAAGCUUAGUACUGCAACUUCUAUCCAGGUGCGACCCUGGAUCCGGCUGAGUCCGCGUACCCGAACAACUUUGCCACGAGCAGCAACAUGUCCGCGUCGACGACCAAGAUGAACCCUGCGGAGCAUUUACUGACCACAACUUGUCGGAGAUUGCAGCAGAACAACGGCUACCUGAUCGACAAAUCUGGUUCGGAAUACGGUCUGGACCAGGCCCUGCGCCUGUACAUCGACCAUCUAGUGUCGGAAAGCAGCACCGCCACCUUUCAGCAGCAGUUUGGCAUCACAAAUAUCAACAACGCGGCCAACGACAGCAAUCUCCAGGAGGCCAAGGCCGCCUCGAAAUUCGCCUUGCAGCUGUUCGAGGACGACCCAAACCUUUGGCUCACGUUCGCAAGCCAGGCGUACCAGCACCGCCUGUUCGACACCGGGAUCGUCACGGCAAAGCAACGGAAAAGCGGGACGACCAAGAAUUCCGUGGUCCAACUACCGGACCCCUCGGACGCGCAGUUUGACCUCUCCUUCGAAGACAUUGCAAAGCACAUCGAGUACAACUUCGGGGAGGACCACCCGCUGCUGUUAGAUUUCUGGCGCCAGCGGCUGGACACUUUGUAUCAAACGGUACACGCGGACGUGGCGGAAAUUCUCUCCGUCGCCAAGAAGUGCGUCGAGCUGUCGAAAGCGGCGUUUGGCCGUGUGCACGGGACCACCGCGUGGUAUCACUCGCUACUCGGCCACGUCUACGUGCGCGCGGACAUGGUCACGGAGGCCAUUAACGAGUACCAGCGGUCGCUGGAUUUGUCCGUGAAAAGCAGCAACAAAAACGACUUCUUGAUCGCCGGCGCCUACAGCUGUCUGCGGGACGCGUACUGCAAAAAGGGGGAUCUCGACAUAUUACAAUGAAAAAUGCCCCCACCGCUGAACUUGGCAGCAUUCGUAUGGGAAACCUUUCCAAUAGAAACAUUCCCCGUCUUGCAUAUAUCAGCACCCCAAAUUUGCCAUGCUGAAUAGCUCAAAUUUGUGUUGCGCAAGAGCCCAGCAGCAGCCGGGCCUGUCAUGUAAAAGAUACCUUACUAUCCUAUCCUAGAUUCUGCAUCACAAAGACUCGCAGUCCGGUUCAUGCAAGACAAAAAGUUUUCAUUUGGAAACCUUGCAUCAGAAACUUGGGGUGGGGGCAUUUUUCAUUGUAACACGACAAGGCGAGCGAGUACGCCUCGAAGGUACAGAAGGUGCUGGAAAAGCUCUUAUCAAAUGUAAAAGUGUCUGGGUCUGGAAACUUGUGAUGCUGUGUGGCGUAUCAUGAGGAGGCCACAAAUGCUGGCUCAGCAUGACAAGUUUCUGUGCUUCUAGGUGUUGCCUAUUCUGCAUGACAAACUGCGUUUCUGCAUCACAGAAAAAUGGAGCCCUUGGGCAACGUGCAUGACAGAUUUAAGAGUCAUACCAGACAAGCAUGACAAACAUGCACUCUUCCAGACCCAGAAAUUUUUGCACUUGAUAGCUCCCGAAGGACAACAAUUCUAGUGCUGCACAACAGGAGCAAUACAACAUGCUCCCGCCGGGAACUGCAACUGGAGCAGGCACCGCAGCGCACCAGCACCAAUCCCUUCCGAAGCGGAUUUUGAUCAACUUGAAGCAUUUGACGGACAUAUCCUGAGUAAAAACGUACCCACAGCAGAGUCAGGAUGGGGAUUUUGCAACACAAACCUAGGAGUUUUGUGAGUCACGCAUGACAAGUUGCGCUCUGCAGUGUAGUGCAGGUUAGCAAGUGCAGCCGCGUCACAGAUUCAUCUGCUCAUCCUGUUCACAGCAUCACAAAUUCCAAAACACGACUGGAAAUGGCUCUCAUGGGGAUGCGCAUUACAAGUCUUCCUGUCUUUGCAAAUCCGCAUUACAACUCUGGCGUGGGUACGUUUUUACUCAGGAUAGGACAUUGAAGAGAUGCGGGGCGAAGUGGACACCGCGAUCUCCCACGUGACGGAGAUUUUGUCCAAGUUGCAGCGGUAUCCUGUGCAAAAGUAUCGUACUCGUAUUGCGACCAUGCAUUACAAUUUUUUUUCUGAAAGCAAAGCCGCAUUUACAAAUUUCAUUUCUCAUGCUGAGCAAAUUUGUAAUGCAUUUAUACGAAUACGAUACUUUUGCAAUUCAUAAGAGAUACGGCACGGAGCUGGAGUUGAGUCGCAACACCUUCGAAUUCCAGGUGAUCGUGCAGGCAGUGCGGCUGAGCAUCUGCUCGCAGCUCCCGGAAAUUUCCCACCGCAUGAAGUGGGAGCGGAAAUUCCGGGACAUGGAGCGCAUCGGGAUGGGGACGGUAAAUCAGCUAUCCUGGUUAAAAACGUCCCCACACCAGACUCAAGAUGGGAAAUCUGCUAGACAAGUCAACCAGCUUUGGUUGUUUGGCAUGACAAGUUUGCCCUCGUAGUGCCAUCCUAUUUAGCCAGUUCUGAAGCAUCACAGAUCUAGCAUAGCAUGCUGGUUCUAGCGUCACAAAUUGUUCCAAAACACGAAUAGAAAAUGCUUCUCAUAGAGCUCCGCAUGAGAAACUUUUUUGUCAUGCAGAAUUGCAUGACAACUAUGGGGACGCUUUUACACGGGAUAUCAGUUGGAGUACCAGUGGACCAUCAGCGACCUGUAUCCGAGAAAAAAGCGUUGUCAGUGUAAAUUUGUGAUGCUCAAAAUGCAAAUUGAUUGCGCCUGUCAUGCUGUGCCUGCAUUGUAGGGUCCAUUCAAGGGCGUUUUCACGUACUAUCUGCGCAUGACAGGUUUUUGCUGUCAUGCGAGUGAUAUUUGUCACGCUAAUCCUCCAAGAAAGUUACUCAUACAAUCUUUUUUUCUUGGAUAACUUGUCGGAGUUGCCCGAUCACGUUGCGGAGCUCUUACAGCUGGCGGAAUCCGCCGUGGUUAACUAUGACGAGAGUGCACAAUUUAAUCUUCCCCUUUUUUGUCAUGCAACAUACCAAAUAAUUAAUCCAGUUGCAGUUCCAGUCUUUGCUUCUUUGCACUGCGUGACACUGCUAGCUUGUAGCAGCCCAAAUAGAAACAUUACAAUCUCGUAAGACUUUGAUGUCAUACAGAACCUGCAUUUUUUUUUUUUCCCGAUAGCGAACUUGUAGUUGUGCUCUUCGUGGCCUACAGAUGAGCUUUGGAAAGAGUAGUUGUGCACUCUCAUACCAACGACGUCGGUUCCAGAAGAAGCACGAACAUGAGUCACGCCGCCAGCGGAAUAAAUGCGAAUGUCGACGACACCAAAGCAGAUGCUGACAAGGAGUCUACAACUGAGCAGGUAGGUGAACAAAAUAAAGAUGAAAACGCAAGAACAAGCGAAAAAAAAGAAGAGAAAGCUCCUGCAGCCACAACUUCUGCCGGCGAAGCAGAGGCUAAAUCUGUGGAGGAUAAAGUAGAUGCGGAUCGUGAUAGUACAACAGCAUGCAAAGCUACUACAGAGCAACAAGAAGAGCAGGAUGAAAGAACCAGCAAUCUUGGGAAGAGCAGCAGGUCCUCAGUAUUGAGAGAAUCAGGAACUACUAUAUCGCAAGAAAAAAGUGUUACAGUUACAAAUUGUGUUGCAGGUUGAGCAAGACAGACAAGCUCUGUCAUGCCGGAUAUCCAUAGGGGCUUCGUUUCGUAGGUGUUUUCCCGUACGAUUUCUGCACUAUAAGUUUUCUCUCUCAUGCCGAGAAAUUUGUGUUGCUGAAUUCACUACAAAUGUGUAACUGGAACACUUUUUUCGUGCGAUAAACUACAAAACAACCCGAGGAGAAGGAAAAGCGCCCGUCCGCGACGUCGGUCACUUCUUCGAAAUCCAGUGUGGUCCUCUCUAACGGCGCUGAUGAGGCUGCCUCCGAGGUGACAGAAAGCAUCGCGAAAACGUCGAAGACCAGCGUGAAAUCACCCGUGUUGGUGGAUGACGACGCGAGCACGGUGGUGGGCGGUAAGAAAAAGAAAUCCACAACCGCAGCGUCUUAUCGAAUGCAAAAAUGUCUGGGUCCGGAAGGUUGCGAGAUUUGUCAUACUAGUCUGGCAUGUUUCUCAUUCUGCACUCGGUAUUGCGUGGCCACCAAGAGGUUCUCUUGCCUGUCAUGCAAAUGCGCAGUUUCUCAUGCGAAAUACGCAUCGCAGAAGCACGAAAAAACUUGUCAUUCCUGGCGGCUGCGCAUUACAGAGCGCUUUAUUUUCCACGGACUUGCAUCACAAGUUUCCAGACCCGGACAUAAUUGCAUUUGAUACGUCUACACCGACCAAAGACGAGAUCGCGAGGCAGGAACUGCUGAACAUUGACAACGCGACGUCGUUAUGCACUGCAAAUAUGUCUAGGUCUGGAAUAAAGGUGCAAGGUUUCUUGUCAUGCUUGUCUCACAUGACUCUUACACCUGUAAUGCGUGAGCAGGAAAAGAGCCUCUUGCCUGUCAUGCAAAAAUGUAGUUUGUCAUGCGGAAAGCGAAUCACAAAGGAGCCCAGAAACUUGUCAUGCGCGGCUGCCUAUUGCAGUGUCCCCACAGUUCAUAGAUAGAUUAGCAUCACAAGUUUCGAGACCCAGAUAUAUUUGCAAUGCAUAGUCGUUAACGGCGUUAGACGAAAUUUUUCAAUUGGUGAAGUUCUGCGACCCGGAUUUUACUUCCAUGUUCGAGCUCCGCCUGCAUGCGGAGGUGGUUGCCAGUCCGAACUGCUAGAGGAGUUCGGAGCUCUGAGGUAGUAGAUUGCAAUACGCUCCUUUGUCUUCAAUGAAGUACAACGCACUUCUUUGUCAUCUGAUCGCUGUACGUAUGAUUUCGAUUUAGUACUGCAUUGUGUACAGAAACAGAAAAAUAACCAACAAAUAAUGCGCCAUUUAAUCAAUAGUAGAGACUCUCCUGCUGGUGAUCCUGUUCGUGCUUUCCGAUCGGAGCAUGAGAACCGAAAAAACCGCAGGUCGAACGUACUACUGUUUUUCGACAUGAAAACGGAGAUAUGAUAUUCAUUGGUCUUUUUAUUUGCAAGGAACGUGGAGAGCCAAAGCCUACGCAUUUCAGUCAAAAUACUUUUACGUAUUGCCCUAUUGCUAUCGAAGAACAAUUCACCCGUAGAAAGUAAGCAGGAUGUCAUUAAAUGCAUCAUCACUCGUGGACUCGAAUCGCCCUCGAGUGACUAACAUGUGUCACGUGAAUCAAUUUUCAUUGUGAAACAGGGAUAGUUGAAAGAACUAGAAUGUCGGAGCAGUAGAAGUACAACAAGCGCAUCGGAGCACCUCAUAAACGCACGAGAUUUAUUCCAUAAUUAAAAGAGAAACACAUUGGUCGCAACUGGUGGCGUGUAGUACUUCUAAGGUAUUAGAAGGAGCUCGGAGGGCACGAGCAGCGGCCCGAACAGCGGAUAGUGGAUAGUUUGUACUUCUUUCAGUCGAUACUAGGUGACUUCUCGUGGUGUUCGCCGACGUGCCGGCGACGUUUCUUUCCAAGAACGAGAGCAUUUUUUAUAGCUCUGUGAUAUUUUAUUCUUUUUAUCUCGGUCGCUGGUCUUACCAAAAUUAAAAUAAGAAGGUGACUGCUCAACAAC